AGAGAGGGAGAGAGAGAGAGAGAGAGAGAGAGAGGGAGAGAGAGAGAGAGAGAGGUGGUGCAGUCUCUCCCAGUCUUCCACCGAGCGGAGGUGACAGCGGAGAAUGGAGAGGAGCUCGUCCGCCCCGCGAGCUUUGACGGCGGCGAGCGCGGAGAAGCCCCGACCCGACUCGGUCUCGGUCUGUUCGCUUCUGGCGCCGGCGCGCUGACACACACCGGGAGGAAUUAACCGGGGGGCCGAGGAGAGGAAUGGCUGAUCCUCUGCGGAGGACUCUACUAGCGAAACUCCGGGGGAAGAAAUCCAAGAAAGGAGCGACGGUCGGCGGCGGAUACGGUUCUUCUCCCGCGGCGGCGGCGGAUGGGGGCCGAGAAGGUAAAGAGAAAGUUUUGCAAACGCAGCGGGACUCGGUCGAGUGGCUCGCGGGGCCGGAGUGCGCGACGGAGAGAAUGAGCACGUACGAGAAUUGUGUCGACGGGGGGCUGGUGCUGGUGGUCCGGGGCUCGGCCGGCGCGCCUCCCCGGGCGCAGGGCAGCGGGGGCAGGGUUCGGGUCAACGAGGAGCCCGCGGGGGUCUCGCUUCAGACAGACGCGCCGUUCGGGGCGGGAGGGGACGGGAGGAGCCGCCGCCGGGGGCUCCGGUCCGCCGCCGCGGCUCCGCAUGUCCAGAGGAAACUCUUCGUGUCGGCGCCGCGGCAGCGCAGCGUCGGCGACUCGAUCGGCUUCGGGGACAACUCCGAUCGCGUUGUGCACCGAGCUCGGGCAGAGACCGGCGGGGCUCCCGGGGGCCGGGCCGCCGCCGCCGCCGCCACCGCCGGCGGUGCGGGGCCGGAGCCCGGGGACGCCGCGCGGUCCCGGCACAUGGCCGCCGCGGCGGCGCACGAACUCGACGCAACUCUGGAGACGAGCGCGCCACAUUGCGCGGCGCCGAACGCGGAGGAGAUCAUUUUGAUCCGAGCCAUCGAGAGCUACGAGCCCGAGUACGCGGCGGACGUCAGGGCCACCGUGGGCAGCCCGAUGUUCUUCCCCACAGAGUUAGAGAUACGCGACAUCAGCGCGGCGUCCCCGUGCGCCGCCGAGCGCUCCCGCGGCCACGCGCCCGACAGCGAGGACGAGGAUUACUAUGAUAACGAAAUUCUGCCCUUCUACGAAACCAUCAGAGAGACGGGUGACGUCGGGAGGCCAGGGGCUGUCAGACAGCCGCCUCGGUCCGGUGGGGACAGAGGGGCACAGUGGGACGACUGUGACAGUGCUCAGGAGACGGACAGGCUCAGGAACCGGCUGAAAGAAGCCUACUACCUCCUCAUCCAUGCCAUGAAUGACAUCAACCUGGACGUGCAGCAGGUUGGUGGUGGUGGUGGUUUCACCGAGCAGCAGCAGCAGCAGCAGCAGCAGGAGGCCCCCUCCUCCUGCAGCAGCCACUCCAGAGACAGCCUGUGCUCCAGGCUGUCGGCCAAGAACAUGGACAGCGACUCCUGGUCCUCGGGAGGGGACCACAGCCCCCAGCAGGUGUCUGACGCAGACUCGCUGCUGCUCUGCCUCAGUGGGAACCUCGAGCCGGGACCCAAGAGCCGGCAGGACAGCAGGAGCAUGGUGGACCUGACUCUGACCGAGGUGAGGCCCCCGUUACUGCGCUCCGCCAGCGACGGGGCCAUCAGGUGUCCGGUCGGACCCCGGGCCCCUGGGAAACAGAAUCCAGGCACGCGUGCCGAUAAAGAAGCUGCAGAGACCAAAGAGGCCGAAGGUGCUGAGUUCAGAGAGGUGGGCGAGCUGUCCGACCACAACGCCAUCAGCAGCGAUGAGCUGCCGCUUGAAGAUGCUGGUGGCGAGGAGGAGGAGGAGGAGGACAGAGGCAGCGGCUCGGUCAACAGCCUCACGGGAUCCUCGGACAGCAACGCGGAGGCGUCGGCGCGCCGCGGGCCCGACGGCAAGCGGGAGCCGAGCGGAGUCCGAGCGCACGGGGCCAACUCUGUCAACAAGGGCCACGGGGUCACCGUCAACAAGAUGCAGGAGUGGAUGCACAAAGGCCGCCUGCUGUCUUCAGAGAUGAAGCAGCGGAUAGAGGGCUCGUCCUCGCCCCGCGGCGGAGGCCCAAACCAGGACUGGUCCUGUCCUCAGGCAGGAGGGGUCCAGACCUCCAGCCCAGGGGUCAAAUCUGGCAAGGCAGUCAAGUCGCCACGACAACAACAGCAGCAGCAGCAACAGCAGCAGCAGCAGCAGCAGCAGCAGCAGCAGCAGCAGCAGCAGCAGCAGCAGCAGCCAGCCUUCAUUGAGAAUGUCCUCACCCCCUGUGCCAACGGCCGCGAGGCGGGCAGGGCCGCCGAGCUCUCGUCACGGAGGCAGCCGCUCACCACCAUCACUGUGUCCAAAAAGCGCAACUGGCUGCAGCAGAGCUCCCUCGGGAGGAACCACUGCCCCAAGGACGAGCCGCAGGGAAUGCCGGGAGCCGAGGAGGAGGGCUCCCAUCAGCUUCCUCCUCCUCCCAGUCCCUCCCCAGACCACCUGAGAGCCCCAGGGGGAGCCCCGCCGCGGCCGGUCCGCCUACAGCUGCCUCAGAUCAGCGUCGGUCCGGCCAAGGCGUCUCCUCACCCCCGGAGCGUGGACCCGGCCGAGGAGAACGACGCAGACGACGAGGGCGAGAUCUGGUACAACCCGAUCCCCGAGGACGAGGAACCGGAGACGUCCCGGCGAGCCUGCGCCCGGCUGCUGGUGCCGCCCCGAGCGGAGCCCCAGAGGCGGCCCAGCAGGGGGGGCGAGGCGGGGGGUCGCGCGCGCAGGACCCCGGAGGGCAGCGGCGCACCGGAGGCGCUCGGCGACGGUGUCGCCGGCGGCGCGGCAGACGGGAGUCAGGGGAACGCUGUACAUUCCACAGAGGCGCUGCAUCUGCACAGACAGAUGCUCGCGUGCAAACCCCAGGAGGAGGGGGGGCCUUCCACCAGCAGAGCUACAGAUGGUGCCGACCUCCCCAGUGUUGUGGGCUUCUCCCCUCCCUCCAGCCCAAACCCGGCCAAGAAGACCAGCUCCAUCAACUGGUCUUUCCCGGACAAGAUCAAGUCGCCGCGCACUGUGAGGAAGAUCUCUAUGAAGAUGAAGAAGCUCCCCGAGCUGAGCCGCAAACUCAGCGUCAAGGGGAUUCCGAGUAGCAGCAGCGGCAGCGGCAACAACAACGGAGGCGGUCAGUUGGAGCCCAGAGCGCACUCUCCCCGGAACAACGGGAGCGGGUCGGAGGUCGUCUCGCAGACUUCAGGCCCGCCGAGGCUAGCGGCGUCCGGGGGUGGGCAGGCGAGCCGCAACGUGAUCUCGCGCUACCACCUGGACAGCAGCGUGUCCACGCAGCACAGCUUCAGCAAGAAGAAAAGCAGCGGCAGCUCGAAGUCUGCCAGCAAAGGUGGCUACCUCAGUGACGGCGACUCGCCAGAGCUGGUGGCCAAGUCUGGGAAGCACGGCGGCGCGGAGGGCAAGGGAGGGAAAGCCAAGGAGGCGGAAGGAGGCGGAAGCUCGAAACUCAACGGCACCGAGCUGGACAUUGACGCGUUCCGCCACUACAGCUUCACGGAGCAGCCCAAGUGCAGCCAGUACAUCUCCGGACUCAUGAGCCUGCACUUUUACGGCGCGGAGGACCUCAAGCCUCCGCGCGUCGACUCCCGAGACGUCUACUGCGCCAUCCAGGUGGACUCGGUCAACAAAGCACGGACCGCCCUCCUCACGUGUCGCACCGCCUUCCUGGACAUGGACCACACGUUCAACAUUGAGCUGGAGAACGCGCAGCACCUGAAGCUGGUGGUGUUCAGCUGGGAGCCCACGCCGAGGCGCAACCGCGUCUGCUGCCACGGCACGGUGGUGCUGCCCGCCCUCUUCCGGGUGACGCGCUCCCACCAGCUGGCGGUGAAGCUGGAGCCGCGGGGCCUGAUCUACGUCAAGCUGAGCCUGAUGGAGCAGUGGCAGAACUCGCUGGACGGGGGGCCAAAGGGAGACCGGGAGCCGCAGGUGUUCGGCGUGGAGGCGUGGCGGGUGGUGGAGAAGGAGAACGCGGGGCUGAUGGAGCCGCUGCUCAUAAGCAAGUGCAUCAACGAGAUCGAGAAGCGAGGCUGCCAGGUGGUGGGUCUCUACCGCCUGUGCGGAUCUGCGGCGGUGAAGAAGGAGCUGCGCGAGGCGUUCGAGAGAGACAGCCACGGCGUGGAGCUGUGUGAAAACACGUAUCCCGACAUCAACGUCAUCACAGGAGUGCUGAAGGACUACCUGCGAGAGCUUCCCUACCCGCUGAUCAAAAAGCCGCUGUACGAAGCCGUGUUGGAGUCCAUGGCCCUGAGGCCACUGCGCAUAGGGGCGGCGGGCUGCGAGAACGACCAGGCCGACACGGAGCACACCGUCGGCCUGCUGGAGAACCUGCCGGAGGUGGAGAGGAUGACACUGCGGAGGCUCCUCGACCACCUGAAGCUGGUGGCGUCCUACCAGGACGUGAACAAGAUGACGUGUCAGAACCUGGCGGUGUGCUUCGGCCCCGUGCUGCUCAGCCAGCGCCAGGAGGCGUCCUGCCACACCAACCGAGUCUUCAUCGACUCCGAGGAGCUGGCCAGCGCUCUGCACUUCAAGAAGCACAUCGAGGUCCUGCACUACCUGCUGCAGCUCUGGCCAGUUGUUGACCCACAUGGCCAGUCGUCCUUUCAGCCCCCCGCAGCUUCAUCAGACCAGCUCUCCGCUCCUCCUAUACGGCGGAGGAAAGAGCGCCCCCAGGUCCUGAACUUCACCGAGGCGGAGAUGGCGGGUGUUCUGCGGCCCAAACCGGGGCGCCUGGAUAGCCCAAGCAACCGCUACGCUGGUGACUGGAGCGGCUGUGGCGAGAGCUACUUCCCCUGUGAAAUGCUGCUGCCUCCCAGCAAAGAGGAGGCGGACUAUGACGAUGUGCCCUCUGAGGAUACAGAGGCAACCGGGGGCGCGCGGGAGAAGAGUGAGCACGAUAAAGGGCAGGAGGUCGCGCACCCUGCGUGUGAUCCGGCUGAGCAGGAGCAGCCUCCGAGAGAGGAUGUGGUGGAAGAGGAGGAGCAGGAGGAGGAGGAGGAGGAGGAGGAAGAGAACCAAACGGAGAGUGACAGUUCAGGCAAUGUGCAGCAGUUAGAAGACGAGGAGGAGGAGGAGGAGAGGUUGUGCGACCACAUCCUGCCGCCUCGGCUGCCCAAAGAGCACACGUACCAGGCCUACAUGAAGAUCCAGGACAUCAGCCCUGUGCUGAGCAACAGAGUCAACCUGAGAGACCUGCAGGAGAGUAUCGACACUCUCAUAGGAAACCUGGAGAGAGAGCUCAACAAGAACAAGCUCAACGUCGGAUACUGACUCCUAACAAACACACACACACACACACACACACACACACACACACACACACACACAUAUAUAUAUAUCCACACACACAAAAAAGCCUGAUGAGGUCUAAGGAAGACCUUCUUUACCAAUCAAGGUGCUUCAGGAUACAGCCACGGUGUUACCAUGGAGACCCUGUGAGGUCGCCAUGGCAUCGUGGCGUGCAGUGCUGCUGUAAAAAAAAAAAAACGAAAGGAUGAAAUGAGAGGAAACGUAACAGGGCACUUCUGGCAUUGGUACCUUACCCGUAGACAUUCCUGACGUUUUUUGGUUUUUCUUUUUUUUUUUAUUUUGUCGACUGUCUUACUUUAUGUUGUCAUUGGUUCGUUUCAGUCCGGCUCCGUGUUGCGUGUUGUUAUUGUUGCUUCUCUUCUUAUUAGAAGAACCCAUUGACCCCUCAGGGGUUUAAAAGGUGCCUUAAUUGUGCGAAGGUGGUACGUCGAGAAGAAAAUCCACCCUGGAAUGAAACGCACCCCAUCCUCAAACCGCUAUAUGAUGUAUGAGGAGUUUUUACAUUGAAAAUGUAGGGACAAAUCCACAGGGGCUAUACUCAUACUCUACCUGACAAACAGCUUUCAUCAGUUACUAUGAAUUAUUUAAAAUUGUCAUUUUUCCUACCAAAACAUCCCAGUGCUUUGAGAGUUUCCAAUCCAAAAUCUGAAGCAGUGUUUGGACGUGGGACACCUUCGUAUCUAUUCUCUUGAAGGAAACAUCUGGGAGACAUUAGGCCCUUCAAUUAAGGAUUGGUUUCCAACUAAAUAUGUAAUUAAAUUAAUGGAAAAAUGUGGAAAGAAAACCCAGCCGUCCUGUUGGUCAAGGCAGCCCUUCCAUUAUUUUUGGAAGCAGAUGUUCUGGUAUUUUUUUUUCUUUUUUUCAACCCCAUUCUCAAUGGCCAGAACAUUAACCUCUAAUGUCGAAUGGAAAAUCUUUUCAAGCUUCUAGUUUCGACCAGUUUUCUAGUUUGUAAUCUUGCUAUUCGCUCAAAUGAGAAACUCCAAGACUUUACUUUGGCUCCACCACAGAAUCCAGAGACAGGAGGAACGUUGCGUGUGCUCUAUUUCAGGGUGGAUUUCUUUUUUCUUUUCUUUUUUUUUAAGGCAGCAGAGAGCUUUUCUAUUGAGGUAUGAAACACUAAAUGUUGUACAACAAUAAUGCACUUAUGAGGCCGUCAGUAGGUGUAGAUCGUCACCACAGAUCAUCACGCAGUGAACAAUAUUCCGGCCGCGGGCCGAAUCGAGGGAGAAACAGCCGCCGCUGAAGCCUCCUCUUAAAAGAUACGCGUGAAAUAAUAUGUAUUCUGCUACAAGAUUGUUCGAUGUUCAGUUCAGGCUACAAAAAGAAUAGUUCAGCGUUUUUUGGUUUGUCCCCAAGUUGGAUGAGAAGAUCGUCAUCACGCUCGGGUCAGAGGCACAUUAGCUUAGCUUAGCGUAAAAAGACUGGAAGCAGAGGGAGACGCCUGGCUUAGCUGGCGCUAACUCGCUCAAGCCGAUUCAACGCAACCGCGAAGUGAAGUUAGUAAAAAUCCGGCAUUUUUACUCAACGAUUCGAGUGUGACUGAAAUAGCGUUUCAGUGGUGUUGUCCCCGUCAACCAAGCGGCGGCCGGCUUCAGUGUUUUACCGCCCGACCGCCACAUGCUUAGGCGUCAGGUCGACGCGACAUCGGUUGGCUAACGUUAGCCGCUAAUCUGCUCCGGCUGUCGCCGUACGAAGGCUCACUGGUAUACGAGCGCAUUGUCCUCCGGCCGAGGUCUCCGCAGGGUAAUCGUGCUAAGCUAGCAUAGCUACAUGCUAAAUGGCGGCUAAAUCAAAUACCGCGCAGAAGGCGCGAGUCGUAUCGAUCUUCUCAUUCGACCCUUGGCAAGAGGCCGUGUCUUUUAAGGGAAUCUGUGAACUACUCCUUUAAAAACCCUUCUGCUUUCUCCCAGCUUUCGGCAACAAACAAACAAACAAACAAACAAACAAACAAACAAACCCCGUGAAACAGCCCAAAUGUGAAGCACAAUUUUUUCAGAGCGGCAGUUGAAGCUGUGAGCGCUGGGGGGCCCGGGGAGGUGCGAGCCAGCUAUAGCAGCCUGUACAUCGACAAAGGAUGUCUUCAGCGAUCCAGGGAUUCAGAAUGAUCAGUAUUUAACCUUUAUGUGUAUGUAUAUAUAAUUCUAUAAAUGUAUCCGGAGUAUAUUAUUUUUUACAGCUUCUGUUUCGAUGGCAUAUUUAAAAAAGUCCUCCCGAUGACCUUGCGGUGUUGGACUUCCUUCCCCGCUCCGGUCAAGCUACCUGAACACAUCUCAAUGUGCUGGACUCAUGGUACAAGUUUAGCUGUAAAAAAAACAAAAUUUAAAAAAAAAAAAUCUAUGAUAAAACCGUGCUCUUGCAGAAAAAGUUGAUAUUGUUAUUUUUGUUAUAUUGUGUAUACAUGUAUAUUUGACAUUGUUUUGUGUCUCUGGUGGACUAAGCUGUGUUCAUGUUGUUGUUGUUGUUGUUGUUUUUUAAGGUACUGAACGUUGCAUGGUCAAAAGCUUUACCGACACAAACAAGGCUCUUUCUCAUCUGCCUUUGUAUUUGAUAUUUAUGUGUAUAAAAGAAACACUAUUUUGUAAUGUAUGCUCGUUUGUUCGUCGCCCGGUUUCCUCAAGUAGACAGAUAAAUGCGUUGUUCAAGCUUCUUUUUUUUCUUUUUUUUCUCCAGAGGACUUAAAGGCAGACGCUCACUCAGUUUGGUGCAGCUAUGACUGGGUAACUUUCCCAAUCCUUUCUUGAGUAAUUUAGUCGAUGAAAUUGACAGAGGAACGAUUGUGAAAACUCACAACAUUUCCCCAAGUGCUUGCUUUGUCCAACCCAAAGUUCAAAAUCAAAUACAUGUGGUUUACGGUUACAUAAUACGAAGACAAACGUCAAAGACUACACAAAACAUGGUUCGCGCUCGUAAACUAGUGGGGGAAAAAAUAAGAGUGUUCAUAUGAAAAUGUCCCUUUUUUAUUUGAUUCAAAUCAGAAUCAUAUUUACCGGACGUCGUUUUCCAGACGAGUGCAUCCGUCAGAUACUAAAACAAGAGAACGUGAACUCCUCUUUGAGAUUGACAUUUGGUGGGGAGGUUGCCUUUUUAUAUACAUAUAUAUUUUUCAAAUUCAUUCUUUUUCACUCUCGUUCCACACACCACCCUCCUACACGGUGUCUGUUAAUGAUCCUGCUGCUGCUGUCAGUCUGGGCCCGUCUGGUGAAGUGAGUUCCAGCAGGGUUCCCUUCGAACCAUCUGUCUACCCAGGCAACACACACACACACACACACACACACACACACACAAACAAACAGGGCAAAUUUGUAGAAGGCUGAUGAUUUUUAGAUCCUUUAUUAACAUUCAAAGUUGGUUUUUCAGAUUUCAGAGCUGCCUUCACAAGAUCCAACUUUCACCCAUCCGAUGGUUUUUUGACUUCUUUGAUUUUUGCGAUUCUUACCAACACAUCACAUAAAAACUGAAACACUCAUACUAGAGGUCUAAAUUCAGCAUGAAGCCUGUUUUAGGCAACACAGUCCUUGCAAAUGGGUUGGCCUGCCGCCUCCCGUAGGGACGCCGUGUCGGGACAGAGCCACAACCUGUCAAAUGUUAAGUGCUGAAUGAUUGAGUGUAAGAGCAACAUCCAGUUUCAUUAUAUCAAUGCAUUCAUCUCUGUCUCGCGCAGAAGAAGACGACAUCAAACACCCUGGAUUCCUUUUCUUUUUUUCAUGUUACAUCCAUCAGCCUCGUCCUCUUUGUCCUCUGGAGAUAAAAUUCCACACAGAAAGCAUCGCUUAACAAAGCAGGAAAAAAAAAUAGCUUUGCAUUGAUCCUGAGAAAUGUAUGGUCAUAAUAAAGUAUAUUAUUUCACAUGUG